UUGCUGUGUCAAAGUACCUUACCCACCAUCAUCUUGUCCACCUAUCUUUCCAUCCUCUUUCGACUUUGGCCAUAUCAUUAUUCUCAUGUCUGGCGAGGGCGACAUUAAGGUUGAGGCUCGGUCGGUCCCCUCCUCCCACAUCGAGAUACAUCCCAUCACGAAUGAAGCCGACAUCCCCCUUCUUGCAUCCAUUACCGACUUUGCCCUUUUAGACGAUGGUCUUCGCGAGUUUCAUGCCAGAUACGGACAAACGUCUUUGUAUGAAACCACAUGUCGAAAGUUGACCAAUGCCUUUCACGACAAGCACAACCGAUAUCACAUAUUCAAAGCCGUUCUGGUGCCUGCGUCCAAUGAGUCAAAUUGCGAGCCAACCAUCGUCGGCUACGCUCAAUGGAGACUGGGAUAUAUCGAAACUCCCAAAGUGGACCCUUUCGCGAUCAAGUCCACCGCCAUCAACUCGAGUGACCAUCCCGUGGUUAUUGAAGCUGACCGUUCGAUCGUCACACUCCUAGAGCCGGCUGAACAACAAUCACCGACGAUUCUCCAAGCAAUUAGACAAACUACAACAUCAACAAAGGAAACUCUUGCUUUCUACUCAAAUCCCGACGAGGAGUUGUCGAGGAAAGUUGGCAACGCUUACAUCUCGGCGAUCAGAGGUAAGCGCCAUCUUUAUCUGCAUCGUUUGAUCGUGCUUCCCAGUCAUCAACAUCAAGGGGUUGGCCAGAAACUACUUGAUUGGGGUGUUCAAACUGCAGACCGGGAAAAUGUUGUCUCUUGGUUAUUCUCUCGUCCUGCCGGAUCCAAGCUCUAUACCAAAAAUGGAUGGCAGACGCAUUGCACAAUCGACAUCCAGGUGCCGCACGCAGACCUCCAGGUUGCGCCGAUGAUUGGCAUGCAGAGACUACCGCGUCAUACUGAGCAGCUGUCGCCUCCAGCUCUCUCGAAAACAUGUUGAAACCCUCGUUGAGCCUAGCUUUAAGUUGCAGCGAAAUCUCCCUCUGGCUUGAGGCUUCAUAGCUGAUUCUCAUCUUACAC